AUGCUUGCAAACAGACAGUCUCCAAGGGGCCUGAUAUUUGAAAGAGCUCCUCACAUCGCAGCCUGCAGCCCGGGUGAUUACGCAAACUGCAAAUAUGACUGUGGGCCACAGUCCCACCUCUAUUCCAGCACCCCUACUUCUUCCUACCAGAGGGCACAUGCUUGGGACUUCCCGCAUCAGCUGGAGAGCACCAGCUGCUAUGAAAGGAGACAGUGCCCCAGCAAACUAGAGAAUGAAAAACUAACACUUCAGGAAAAAAAUCUUUUUAACACAGUGGAGAAGCUGAUUGUCAGAUCUGUACUUUCUCAUUUUGUCCCUCCCUCUCACUCUAUCCUGGAUGCUGACUACUACACUGGACAGCAUCCAGGUUGGAUUGAGAAGGAGGGACAAAAUGAGAAAGUGGAUAAAGAGGAGUCUGGAACUCCUCCUAGAGCAGAAGAAAACGUGGCUGCCAAAGGGUUUGAGUCCAUUGGCAAGUUUGGCCUGGCCUUAGCUGUUGCAGGAGGCGUGGUGAAUUUGGCCUUAUAUAAUGUGGAUGCUGGGCACAGAGCUGUCAUCUUUGACCGAUUCCGUGGAGUACAGGACAUUGUGGUAGGGGAAGGGACUCACUUUCUCAUCCCACGGGUACAGAAACCAAUUAUCUUUGACUGCCGUCGGCCGCGUAAUGUGCCAGUCAUCACUGGUAGCAAAGAUUUACAGAAUGUCAACAUCACACUGUGUAUCCUCUUCUGGCCCGUUGCUAGCCAGCUGCCUCACAUCUUCACCAGCAUCGGAGAGGACUAUGAUGAGCAUGUGCUGCCGUCCAUCAUGACCAAGAUCCUCAAGUCAGUGGUGGCUCGCUUUGAUGCUAGAGAACUAAUCACCCAGAGAGAGCUGGUCUCCAGGCAGAUGAGCGACGACCUUACAGAGCAAGCAGUCACCUUUGGGCUCAUCCUGGACGAUGUGUCCUCGACACAUCUCACCUUCGGGAAGGAGUUCACAGAAGCGGUGGAAGCCAAACAGGUAGCUCAGCAGGAAGCAGAGAGGGCCAGAUUUGUGGUGGAAAAGGCUGAGCAGCAGAAAAAGGCGGCCAUCAUCUCUGCUGAGGGCGACUCCAAGGCAGCUGAGCUGAUUGCCAACUCACUGGCCACCACAGGGGAUGGCCUGAUUGAGCUGCGCAAGCUGGAAGCUGCGGAGGACAUCACAUACCAGCUCUCAUGCUCUCAGAACAUCACCUACCUGCUGGCGGGGCAGUCUGUGCUCCUCCAGCUGCCCCAGUGA